UUCUCUAUCUCAUAGUCGAACAAUUCAGAAAAGAAAUGUGUGACACCAGCUCAAAUGUAAGGGGCAGAAGAAUUUCUGGAAGACCAAGAAGUUGGUUUGGAUUCAGUAACAUGGUGGACAGAGGUGAUGAUGAAGAUUAUGCCUUGCCAGCAACACCUACCACAGAAACAUUCCAGUUUGUUCCAAGACAAUAUAACUCACACUCACCAAGUAAACGUUGGAGAUCAAGUUUGGAAUUAUCAUCACUGGAAAAAGAAAGUUACAGCUGCAGUUGCUCACCACCAAGGAAGCAUGCUUUAUUAACCCUUGGAGAGGUAAUUCACAUUCGAAAAGUACUGACCAAGAUAGACCUGGAUUGCUUAUUAGUGAACCAACCCUUGUAUAAGGAAGUAGCAGAAGGCAAGAUAUGCUUUAUGUGCAGAAGAACAAAAUUUUCCAUUUUGCGCUUACGAAAAGCAAAGUGUAGACUAUGUCAACGAGUAGUGUGUCGUAAGUGCUGCUGUAAGUUGCAGUUUCCAGAAGGAGAUUUGGCCAAAAUGCAAAUUUGCAAACUCUGGCUUAAUUUUACACCUCUCAGCAAUCAAAGAUCAAGGUGGGCAUCAUCUGAGUCACUGUCACAUGACAUGCCAAACUGGGAAUCUUCUCAAAUGAAACUGACUACGUGUUUUGAAACUAAUAAACAGAGUGCAAUAUUGCCUGCAAACUCUCCUUCCAUUUGUGCUCAUAUAACAGGUGAUGUAUCAUCAGAAACAUCCAUUUUAGGAAGUAAUCUUCAACCAAUAUCUCAGCAAGCUGCUAAUUCCACUUCAUCCCUUUCAUUAGAAUCUUCCUUUCUUAAUACAGUAACCAUAUCUAAAAGAUCUAAAUCUGCUUUGACAUUAACAGACGAAGCGAUUUUCCAAGGGUCAUUUAUGGAAACAUCUCAGAAAGUAGCUGUGCCAGAGUUUGCAACAGUAACAAACAGUGAAAAGGAAACAGUUUCCCCAAGUUUUAUCAUGACAGAAGUACAUAGAACUUCUGGAUCAACUAAUACCUUAGAAAAAAUUUGUGAAACACCAAUAAAAAAUAAACAUUUUUCUGAAGAGUUAAUCACAACAGCAGUAACAUCAGAAAAUUUAUGUGAUGUUGCAAUAGCAGAUAUGUCUUCAAGAAACCCAAAUGAUUUUGUUAUGGCAAACUCUAGUGAAACACAUCCAAGGAAAGCUACUCCUGUAAUUCUUCGUGAAAAGCUACCAGGUAACAUCUCAAAUGACAAGAAUAGUUGCAACUCAAAAAAAGUAAAAUUCAGACGAUCUUGGACAUUUGGAUCUAAAGCACUGAUGGAUGAUUACAGAACUCGAUAUGAAGUUGUUUGUGAUGCCUGCAAAACAUUUUGUGCUGUCAUGUUAGCUGGAGAAAGUCGUGCUGCUGUUUGUCAGAAGAAUGUAGAAGACUUUAAACCAAAGUAUUCAUAGUACAAUAAUUGUGUGAACUAGAAGAAAUGUUUAAAUAAGAUUUUAAAAAAUGGGGUGUCAAAGUAACUAUUAGCUAAAAUACCAAGAUUAGUAAGUCUACUAGUUUUAGGACUACAGUCACUGUUGGUACAAUUGUAUACCUUUUUUUUUCUAAAGUCAAAGAUCUUUGUGUCUUAUAUGUGUUAUUCUUGUAGACAAUGCACACCAUAAUAUUUAGACAUAUUUGUAAAUUUUAUAUUUCAUGUAUAGUCCAAUUGCAUUGUUGGUCUAGAUGUCUGUAGAUGUUUGAAAAAUUACUAGCACUACAUAAGCUUUAGAUAAUCCUUCAUUCUUUGCUCUAAAUGAGAUGUGGUUGAUCCCACAUCAAGAACAAACAUAUUGAUAAACAACAUUAGAGCAUUGAAGUUUAUUGAUUCUGUCCUUUACCUUGAAAAGUUUUGUAUUCUCAAUGCUCCCUCUUUAGUGAUUCAGUGUUAAGUCUCAAGGCAUAUAACACUAAAAACUGGGUUUCUAAACCCAUGGUGAGCACAGCACAGAUAGCCCAUUGAAUAGCUUUGCACUUAACAACAAACAAACAAAUCUAUUUUCAACAUUAAUUUUAAAGUUGCAUGUACUGAAUUUUGUAGAUAGUUUGAUAUCAAGAUAUUUUCCAUUUUAUUCCUUGAAACAUUACUGUCUUUACCCAGGAGGCUGACAUAGAAUGACUGUUUUGGAACAUGAUACCAUAUUUUACAAUGUGGAUAAGAUUAUGUGGGAUCAACUAUGUUGCUUACAGCAACAUAUAAAAGAGUACCUGAAGCCUACUGCUGGUAAUUCUUCAAAUAUCUACAAACAUCUAGACCAAGAAUAUGAUGGGACUACAGAUGUAAGAAACUUUGAAAUAAUAUAUAUAGUUCCAACAAUGAACAAAAUGUAAGGUUCAAAGAAACUUUUGCCUUCAAGAAACACAAACCAAAGUUGUGUUCUAAUUCAUCAGCAGUUGAAAUACUUCAAAAAAUAUAAUAUCUCUAAUUAUGUACACUAUUCUUAAGCAAGUAUUAUAGAAUUAUGUAUAAAAAUAUCAUUUUUAUUAUCCCUAUACUAAUAAAAGAUAUGAAUAUACAAAUAUUACAUGAUUUUUUAGUGUAUGAACAAAAUCUGUAGAUCAUAUGAAAGUUUUUAUUUAUUUGUAGAAUGGAAACAUUCAAAAAUUAAAAGAAAAACCUCAUCUAUCCAUUUUAUACCAGUUUAGACAUUUUUCAAAUUGUCAUUGUUCCUUUUUUUUGUUAUUCUCUGAACUUGCAGUUUGUUAUGGUGAAAACAUUUUGCUAGUUUCUUUGUAUUUUAAAAUUAGUAUGAUCUCAUAAUGCUUUUGCUCUUUAAAAUCUGCAAGCCUUUCUUGUUAAUACCAUUUUCAAGUAUAUUUCAUUAACUGGCUUGAAUUUCUCUGAUAUCUGAAAUACAGGCAGUCUUCAAACAUUUUAUUGUCCAUUCAUAUCAAGCAUCAUCAGAAUUACUUUCCUAAUAAAUAUGUACGUGAUAUUACAAGUAGUAUUAAAACAUGACUCUGAUUUACAGUUCUAUAACUUUUUUGGUUCUAAAGCCAAAAAUCUCUUUGUCUGAUAUACUAUUUCUGUAGAUGGGAGAUUCACACCAUAAUAUUUAAGCAUGUUUUUAAAUUUAACAUUUGACCAGUAUAGCACCAUAAUAUCUCUGAUUACCCACACCAUUCUUAAUGAAAGAACAAUAAAAUUGUUGCCUUUCGAAA